UUAUUUGAAAGUCGGUUACUGUUUGUUCUUGUUUUGUUUUGCUUUUUUUGUUUUGUUUUGUUUUGUUUUGUCUUUCUCUUUCAUUCAACCUUUGCGUGUAUUUCUUUUUAGUGAUCAACGUCGUAUUUGACCGUUAAGUUAGAAGUAUAUUGUUUAACACUGAAAAACAUGAGGAAGAUUAAUUAAGGAAAUCGUGAACUAGCAAACUAGUCCACUUCUACCACCAAGCAUGGUCAGAAGCAAACACUGUGAAAACCAGUACAUCCGAACCUUGUUUAUCAGUCUGUGAGUCUGUGAGAGUUGUCAACAGAGUAACUAUCUCGCUUUUCGGUCAUGAUGGCCACUAAUUCUGAUGCACUCCUACUCGGACUCUCGUGGGCUCUCAUCAGAUUUAAACCUGGUCAAACCUUCACGAUAAACAACAAGAGUUUUAGUCCCUGUUAAACUGAAACUGAUGUCAAUUCUCGCCUAUUCCAAGCUCUUUUAGCUUGCGCUUCGCUUCUUUCCGUAGUCGCUAAAAUUGCAGAAGCCCUCGCUGUACUGUCAUACAACUUCCUGGUCGCGUUAUCUUCACAUACUAUCUUAUUUAGUGAUGCUGGUUUAACACCAUCUAAUAUAAUAUCGGCGAAAAAAUAGAAAAGAAACGAUUGCACACAAAUUUAGAACAGUUUAAGAUCUUAGUCUUGGUAAGAAUUGCCUCAAUUUUGGGUUCAUGUUUGAUGAAUAUUAAACGCCUUUGCGGGCCCCAUUAGUUUUUUUUUUUGUUUUUUCCGUAUUGUUAAAACGAAGGGGAGGGCCCUAAGGAUAGCAUUGGUGUGUAAUGAGUUGAUUUGCCACCAGACAUCAUGUUUAAAAUCAAUAAGUUAUGAGCCCACGAGCUAGUAGGAGGUCUGAAGAAAUACAACAAUCUCCUGGCAGUAAUCACUUCACAUUUUGUAACUCGCCAAGAAUGUGAAAUCACUUGGACUAAAAAAAAAAAACAACUCCAGAAGGACUGCAGUCUUGGAACUUGUUUCUCGACGCCAUCAUGUUCGUGAAAAGCUCCCUCAUAGGGAAGACUCCCAAUGGAGCCGCGAUAAAGGGUAUUGAUAAAAAGGGCCAAACAAAUACUUCAAACCGCCAAGGGCCUUCAACAAAAAGGGUUAAGUUUGAUUCAAGUUCUAAGGAAGAGGAAAUGGAGACUGAGACUGAGGACCCAGGUGUGAUCAUAGAUGAAGGUCCUGAAAGUACUAGCGUGGCUCGGGCCCCUUCGUUUUUUAUUGGGAAGCCGCUGAAGGAUUAUGACGCCAGCAAUGGAAGGAUCCCUUGCAAUCACACUUAUCUUGUCCUUCGCCGUCGUGGGGCUUCUCGUGCUGAUCACGUGUACAGAUUCAACAAGGCAGCCUCGUUAGGUCUGUUGGGACCUCUCAGUCCCUUCAGGCAGUUUGCGAUAAGUGUCGUUACUAACAGAUAUUUUGAGUCGUUCGUUAUUCUCACCAUUCUGGCUAACUGUGUGUUUCUAGUGGUUGAAUGUGCUCCAGAAGAAGCUGAAUACGUCUUCUGUGGUAUAUACACCCUGGAGAUGAUUUUAAAGAUCUUAUCCCGUGGAUUUAUCUUUCACACAUACGCUUACCUUAGAGACGCGUGGAACUGGUUGGAUUUCAUUGUAGUUGUUCUGGGGUAAGUUGCAUUCCAAUUGCACCUUAUGACGGUCAAUUCGCCACUAGUGCGAUAUAAAAUUGUUGGAAAUCCGCGAUUCUGAUUGGUUUUCGCAUUGUUGAGUUCUUUGAUAGAACGCGGAAACUGAGAGAACAAGGAAAAAUUA